GCCCGUCGAGACGUCGGGGAGGGCCCUCCAGGAGUCCGAGCGGACCCCCACGCUCGGGUCCGCCAAAAGGUCCCCCUAAAUGUCCGAGACUGAAACGGCUGGGCAAAGAAGAGGAGUCAAGACAAGCACGCCAUUAAGCGGCUGUGGACCAGCACCCGCACGAGGAGCCGCGUCGCCCGGCCUGACUGGCCGUUUUCUCCCCGGUGACAGCGGAGGCGAACUCGGCGCAUCUCCCCCCCAUCCUCCGCAUCCGCAUCCUCCUCUUCCUCCGGCCAUGGCCCUGGUGACUCUGCAGCGCUCCCCCAGCCCCAGUGCAGCCCCGUCGGCCAGCAGCGUGGGGGAGAAUUUUGGAAGUGACGAUGACCGCAAAAAUAACCAAUGCCUCAAGGAGAGCUUCUUCAUGGUCAAGGGGGCCGCCCUCUUCCUCCAGCAGGGCGGCAGCACCGAGGACCCCAAGACCCCCACCCGCCGCACACACGCGGUCUGCGUUUUGUGUUUGUUUCCAGGCGACUUGCCUCAACACCUGCAGGUCAUGUUUAAGAGCCUCCGCUCGGAAGAUCGCAUUAAACUGGCGGUGCGACUGGAGAGCGGCCGGUCGGAGCGCGUGCGAUACAUGCUGGUGGUGUACACCAGCGGCCAUCGGGACACGGAGGAGCACGUCGUGCUCGGCAUGGACUUCGCCGACAAAGACAGAAAAAGCUGCUCCAUCGGGAUGGUGCUGCCGCUGUGGAGCGACACCAACAUACGCUUGGAUGGCGACGGAGGCUUCAGUGUGAAGACGGCGGGACGCUCGCAUGUCUUCAAGCCUGUGUCAGUGCAGGCCAUGUGGUGCGCCCUUCAGGCGGUGCACAAGGCGUGCGAGGUGUCUCGCCGCUUCAGCUACUUCCCCGGCGGCCCGUCCCUCAGGUGGACGGCGUUCUACGAGGGCCGCGUGUCGUCCGAGCAGAGCUGCGUCAACGAGUGGAACGCCAUGACAGACCUGGAGACCACUCGCCCCGACUCCCCUGCCACGUUCGGGGACCAGCCGAGCGAAAGAGAGCGAACGGAGAGUCUGAUAAAGGCCAAGCUGCGCGGCAUCAUGACGUUCCGAGACUUGGAGAACAUCACUUCCAAGGAGAUCCGUAACGAGCUGGAGCAACACAUGAGCUGCGACCUGAAAGAAUUUAAGGAGUUCAUCGACAACGAGAUGCUGCUCAUCCUGGGCCAGAUGGACAAGGCCACGCUCAUCUUCGACCACGUCUACUUGGGCUCGGAAUGGAACGCCUCUAACCUGGACGAACUUCGUGAAUGCGGCGUGGGCUACAUUCUGAACAUGACCAGAGAGAUUGACAACUUCUUCCCGGGCAGCUUUUCCUACCACAACGUACGCGUUAACGACGACGACGCCACCGACCUGCUGGCCCACUGGAACGACACCUACAACUUUAUUGUCAAAGCCAGGAAGAACAGCUCCAAGUGCCUGGUGCACUGCAAGAUGGGCGUGAGCCGCUCGGCCUCAACGGUGAUGGCGUACGCCAUGAAGGAGUACGGAUGGUCCCUGGAGAAAGCUUACAACUUUGUCAAGCACAAGCGCAGCAUUGCUCAGCCCAACGCUGGAUUCAUGAGGCAGCUGGCAGAAUACCAGGGCAUCCUUGAUGCCAGCAAACAGCGUCACAAUAAGCUCUGGCGACCCGGCAUUGACGAGGAAGCCUCGGACGACAUGCCAGUCUCGAGCCAGGUCGCUGGGCAGCAGGGUGACGAGGAGGAGGCCUGGGGGCUCUGCGGGGCGUCCCCCUGCAGGGGUCUGGAGAUGGAGCCCCUGGACUCUCUCAACUACAACUACUACUUCCGACGUUUGUCCGAUUCUGCGCUGGACAGCGAGCCCUCCACGCCGGUACGAGGCCCUCCCCUGCUUGGCAUGGAGAGGGUCUUCAUCGAGAUCGAGGACGUGGAGCGAGACGCCCUCCUGGAGGACGAGGGCUUCCCCGUGGCCCAUCUGGCCUUGCCGGGCGGCGGUGGCGGUGGGGGCACGGGGGCACAGACGUGCGGACGUCUCGACCCCCUGGAGGACAUGAGGCUAAGGUUAGAGUUCAGCACACUGGAGGAGGAAGACGAGGAGGAGGCCAAGAAGGAAGAGGCCGAGAUGGCCGCCUUGGAGGGCAAGAAGCACGUGGAGGAGAGCCGUCUGGGUCUGGCCAACUUGAACACCAACAACAGCAACCGGUUGGCCGCCAAGCGAAGCUGCCCGGCCGCCUUUGACGACAGCGCUAGCACGGGCAACCCUUUUAAAGUCAAGCCAUCCUACCAGUCCUGCAAAGACUGCUGCCUGCGUCUGCCACAAGGUCGGCGCUGCGACCGCCCGGCGGGGUCGCGCUCCCACCGCCUCAACCCCUCUCGACACUGCACCCUUCCCACCAUCUGCAUCGAUCCCCCCGGGACCAUUUUCAUUUCACAGUCGCUACCGAAUCUUGCCCCACCACUCCCGGUCCAGUACUGCUCUUCUGCCGGGGUCCCGCUUUCACGGCAGAAACUGGUGUCGCCCAUGAGCUGCGAAGACCCCACGCAUGCCUGCGCCUUGGCGGAAGCAGAAGCCAUGGACCAACCUGAGGCGGAAGGACAGACCGGUCCUCAGGCCGGGUCGGAAAUCGCAGAAAUCGAGUGAUACGGGCACCAAAUGUCUAAAUCGGUGAUCUGCUUUGAUGUGGAACAACGGUACCGGCUUCCUGUGACAGGGUAGCCCGAGUUCGGGCAAGAAAGAUUUAGACUGGCCGCUUUGAGGGGUAGGACUCAGACAAAGCUGGUUGGCCGAAUGCAUCCGGUUGGGCUUGGACCAAAAAGACUACUUGGAACCUGAAACCUGGAAACGGAAACAGGACGACCAAGUCCUUUUACUCUCGAGGGGCACUGUACGUCAUUUUUACAAAAGCAUGGAUGCCAGGAUCAGAUUUUAGGUCGCUUGAGCUGGAACUAUCAACGAUGAGAUUGCAACAAGAAGGAUACAUAUCUCAAAUCGGUGUAACUCAUAAACAAUAUUCACAAAGAAUCUCGAUGGUUGUAGCAACAAGGCGAUGUUUUAUGUCCAAGUGUCGUGAUUUUGCAUCUCAAGAGUACAUUUCAAUUCAAAGUUUGGUAUUUAAUUUUUUUUUUUCAGGAUUUAAUGCAAUGCUGUGUUCACACGUUUGGUACACUGGUCCAGACCAUGGUUAAAAAAAAAAAGCAACAACCAGAUCCAUAGUCCUUGUUCUUCAAGUGUUCCAAAAAUGAUGUAGUCCGUGUAGUUAACUGAACCAAACAGAAGCAGAGUCCACUUUCAAGUGGUUAAUUAGUCAUUUGGUACUGUGAUCCUGAGCAUGGUACAGAUUUCAAAAAACGACCACUCUUAAGGAUUCCAACCAAGUCAAGAAAAAAAAUCUGUCCCUGACACACGUUUCACCGAUUGACACCAAAUGAGAUGGAUGUGUCGAUUAUAACAGGACACCGGAAAAAGUCAUGAACCCAAGCCAUAAAUUCAACAGGAAGUCAGCCAUUUUGGUCGUUUUCCAAGCAGGAGCCACCUUUGACAAACUCCUACGAAGGAAUUCCCCCAAAUUAGCACAGAUUAGAAGCGGUUAUAUGAGACACAUUGGUCUGACUAAAUGGCGAGAAUCGUGAGUUUUUGUCAUUUUGGGAAGAAAAUCAGUCACUGACGCCAGUUUCACUGAUUCACACUAAAUUGGGUGGAUGUGUCUGGAUGCAAGAAAAAGUCCCCCCCAAAACCAGUUUUCCCAGUCGACACAUAAUCGGGUGUACAUGUCUAUCAUAAACGUGCGCAGUCUCAAAGAUUCCUGCCUGAGACUGAACUGGAAGUCGGCCAUUUUGGUUUGAGGUGGCCUUUUGGGGAAAAUGUAAUUAUCAGUUCCCUUAGGGCAAGUUUGGGGAAGAAAAAAACCAAAAAAACCUAACCCGACACCAGUUUCACAGAACGACACAACAUUGGGUGGACAUGUCUAUCAUAACAGGAUGCACAAAAAAGUCUCAAGGACACAUGCGUGGAAUGGACCGGGAAGUCAACCAUUUUUGUUUGAGGUGGCCUUUUGAGGCGUCAAUUCGCAAUGCACGGUCUGAUUGGAACGGCUACUUCAACCUGAGUAAAACGCAGCAAGAACUUUGAAAAUGUUUUUUUUUUUUUUUGUGUGUGUGUGUGUGUGAUAUUACCCACACAAGUUGGUCAGAGAAAACCUUCAAAUUAGAGUAAAACAAUAAACUGCAAAUAUUUCUCAA